AUGCAUAGCUUCCUGGGCGGGGGCCUAUUCUGUGCCAUGGUGGGGAACAUCCUGCUGGUGGUCUCAAUGGCAACAGACUACUGGAUGCAGUACCGCCUGUCAGGCAGCUUCGUCCACCAGGGCCUGUGGAGGUACUGCAUGUCGGGCAAAUGUUACAUGCAGACGGACAGCAUCGCGUACUGGAAUGCCACCCAGGCCUUAAUGAUCCUGCCCGGGAUGUCGUGCUUCACGGGCAUCUUUGCCGGCAUCCUCUCCUUUGCCCACUUCUCCGCCUUCGAGAGGUUCAACCGCUCCUUCGCUGCAGGGAUCAUGUUUUUCAUCUCCACUUUAUUUGUUCUGCUGGCGAUGGCCAUCUACACGGGUGUGACAGUGAACUUCCUGGGCAAGCGCUUCGGUGACUGGCAUUUCUCUUGGUCUUACAUAUUGGGCUGGGUGGCACUGUUCAUGACCUUCUUUGCAGGGAUAUUUUACAUGUGUGCCUACAGAAUGCAUGAAUGUGGGAGAGGGGGGGCCCUACACGCUAGAGAGAAAGACACAGCAAGAUACAUAAACUGUUUUUAAAAAGAGGAACAUUUUACACUGAAUGAAUGACCAUGUUUAUCCAGAGGCCAACAUAUGACAGAAAGCCUUUGCGACUGAAUGGGCCUCCAUUCCCUGAUGUUUCCAAUGGAUUUCCUGGAUAAAUAAAGGUGUGAUUAAAAAAAAUAUACAACAGCUUUCUGCCAUUCACAUGAAAGGAACAUUUACGAGAAUGAUGAUGCAUUUAUUUAUCAAGUCAAUAUGACUCAUUUCAUUAUCUAUGUGCAGUUAACAGGAGAAUAUGUUUCAAAAUGGCUGACAUGGCAACGGUUAUGAUAUCUCCGUAGUGCCUUUUUCAAAAGCAAGAUGACAACAGGCUUUUUGGAUAUGCAAAUGUGUUGUAGUUUUGAUAAGGA